AUGGAUGGAACAGACGGCAAGAGACAGGUAGAUCAAUGGGGCAAGGAAGGAAGAAAAGAGAAGAAAAGGAAUAAAAUGAAACAAUAUCGAAACACAGCGAGGCAGGCAGGCAGGGAGAAAAAGAAGCCAGGGCCAGGGGAAGAAGAAGAAGAAAAAGAAGAAACAUCAAGGCGUUCUAUCCACUGGAAGGGUGCCGAUGGGGAAGAAAAAGGGGGGGAUAUAAAACGAUGUAUCACCUCGAGUCAGUGUAUUAAGAUAUCAAACCAGAGCAAAGACCAGAGCAAGCCAGACCAAACGAUACCGAUAGCCAAAGUCAAAAGGAGAAAGAAGACGAAGAAGGAGAAAGGGUAUUAG